UCUGAACUUAUGGAAUCUGCAUAAUUUCUGAGGAUCGGCAGUCGAUCAAGAACUAAUGCUGAGAGAAAAAAAGUUAAAAGGCCAGUGCUUUUGCCCGACAGGCUGCAAGAGAAUAGCAGAAACGCCAGUAAGACACAGACAGAGAGAGCAUGGUGGCGCUGUGUCACCUAUCUGUCAAAAUACCACUACAGCUCCAUGGAUCAUGCACUUGCACUUUCCCAGUCCAUACACUGCGCAUCGAGACCUGAAAUAUAGCAGUUACAUUUAACAAAUCUCAACAACGAAAGUUUCUAUUGACCAAAACUAAAAUACCAGGAAUUCGGUGUUCCGGGACUAUUUUGAUAACGCAAGAAGCAAAUAAAGUUUAUUGCGAGCUUCAUUGGUGUUAUGCCCCAUCCCCUAAACCACGCCUCUUUUGCCGCCUAUUAAGUUGUGACACAUCCUUCUAUUGCUUCAUUUUUAACAUCUGCCCUAGUCUGCUCCUCUUCUCCGUGGCCCUGGGUGAACGAACUGGUGGGCAGCCCACUGACGCCCUCUGCGCACCACGGGUGAGCGGGGCACAGCAAAAUGGCUGCCCUCGCCAGCUCGCUGAUCCGGCAGCGAAGGGAAGUCAAGGACCCCCAAGCCAACCGCCAGAUCCCCAACAAACGCAAGCCCUGCCCCAAGACCAACAAGUCACUUUGCCAGAAACAGAUCCUCAUACUUAUCUCCAAAGUCCGACUUUGUGGCACCCGAGGGAGAAAGUUAGAAAAAAGACCCGAACCUCAGCUCAAAGGCAUCGUCACACGUCUGUAUUGUCGGCAUGGCUUCUACCUGCAAAUGUUACCCGAUGGCACCUUGGACGGCACAAAGGACGAAAGCAGCUCCUUCUUGCUGUUCAACUUGAUUCCUGUGGGUCUGAGGAUAGUGGCCAUCCAGAGCACCAAGACAAGUCUCUACAUCGGCAUGAACAGCGAGGGCUACCUCUACACAUCAGAACAUUUCACGCCGGAGUGUAAGUUUAAGGAGUCCGUGUUUGAGAACUAUUAUGUGACAUACUCAUCAAUAUUGUACCGUCAAACUCAGUCGGGUCGGGCUUGGUACAUUGGAAUUAACAGAGAUGGACAGGUCAUGAAAGGGAACCGGGUCAAAAGGACCAAAGGUGCCGCUCACUUCCUGCCCAAGCUCAUAGAGGUCGCCAUGUACAGGGAGCCAUCACUACAUGUAAUUGGCGAACAAAGCCCACCUAGGAAAACAGCCAAAACGUCAGACUUGCCUGUCAAUAAAAACAGCAAGAAGGACCCAGUGCUACUUGCCCCUGCAGUGUCCUAGCGAGAGGAGAAAGAAUACAAUGUUCUUAGACUUUCCACAAAUCCUUAGAACUAAAAAAUUUCCUACAAUGCAUCAGGGCUCAAAAGACCCUUGUCGACAGGUCUAAUGCCCACUUCCUUUGGUCUCUCCUACUUCACAAAUCUAGCGGAAUACUGAGCAAUAACAACCAUGAUGGUCUGGGGUCAGAAUGUUCACAAGCACACUCCUUGGCCAUGUCACUUUCAUACGAACUUCUUAAAGAAAGGAUUAUUGUCUUCCUCUCCAUUUUGUUGUUGUUGUUUUUUUUCACUUAACAAGAAACACUUUAUUGCCUUUUGAACAUUUUGUGCUUUACAUUUAAACCCUACCCUUCCUUUGUUCAGACAUUAUUAGAUCCCCCAAAUCUGUGUUAUUUUCUGAAACACCCCUUAAAUCUUCUGUCAUGCUAAACCUGAUUUGUUAUCCCGUAUCACUUUUUUACCUCACCUGCACUUUAAUUAGCUUGAGACAUAGAAUCCAUUUUCCACUUGCUAACACAGGAAAUGCCCCGCACACUCUCUCGGGAACUAUUAAGGAUUCUGCCACAUACACACAUACAUACCAAAGAUGAUGAUCUUUAGAGCUGUUCGACCUUAGGCAGUUUAAACCUUUCUAUCUCUCUCUCUCUCUGCUCAUCGUCUCCUAUGCUGAUGACUCUGUGUAGGGCAGAAAUGUCUGUGUGUGUGUGUGUGUGUGUGUGUGUGUGUGUGUGUGUGUGUGUUGAACAGCAAUACAAUAUAAUUUGUAAGAUGACUCAUAACAGAGGGGAAUAGUCCUGCAUUAUUGUUUUUUUUAUAUAAGUUGUUGUUUUCCUUGUUGCAAUAUGCCCAGAGAGCAAUAUUGUUACAGCUGUACUUUUCUCCCCUCUUUUUAGUAUAUGUGUUACUUUAGGGCAGGGCUUCUAAGAUACGGAUUGCUGACUGCUGGGCCUGAAAGUUUUCUAAAGUUCAUGUUCCUUUAUUCAGUUCCAUUCUAUUAGAUUUGCCUGAGAGCUAAAGCACUUUACCCAGCCAAAUGAAACAAAACAAUUGCAGAGAAGGUCCAAUUCUUAUUCAAUUUUCUUUUGGUCAAACCGGAAGAGCUCACAGAAAAUAAUUUUGGAACAUUUGCAAAAAAACCACAAAAGACCUGUAAAUUCUUAUAUUUUGCUUUUGGAAACAUUUACAAUGUGAAUAACAACAUUUAUCAUUCUGCUAUUUCCUAAUAUUCACUGUCAAUGGCAACAAUGUUCACUCUUAAAAUAUUAGGUGCUUAAAAUGUUCUACACUGCAAUGCCAUAGAAGAACCAUUUUUGGUUCCACAAAUAACAAUUCAGUUAAAAGUUCUUUAAAGAACCAUCUCUUCUCACCUUUCCACAGUAUGAUCUGAAGAACCUUUUCGCCACAAAUAACCUUUUGUGAAAGGUUCUUCGGUAUUAAAGGUUCUUUAUGGAAUAAUUUGAAAAAAAAUACUCUUUUGUGACAUACUGCAAUGAAGCACCUUUAUUUUUUAGAGGGUAUAUCAUAUCAUUCAAACUGACACCAGUCCUAUUUUUAUGUCACUUGUACGUCAUUCUACUCUCUUGUUUAAUACAAACACAAUUGGCGACAUCUUCCAUCACAAAUAUUAUUUGUUGUAAAAUUACUGUGGAUAACUUUAGCAAUAAUAUUGCUGUAAUAUUGUUGCAGUGAUCAACUUGUUGCCAAGGCGAUUGUUUCAUAUGGUAUGAUGAACUUUUCUUAGCGAUAGCUUCAGGAUAAUAAGAAUCAGCUAAGAUUAUUAAACAAUUUCAAUUUAAAUUAAUAUAUGAUUUUAUCAUUCACAUAUUUAUAGCAGCCAUGUAAUAAGUGGGUCUGCCUUAAACCCAACAGGGUGAUCAGGAUCCCUAUGGAAAGUAAAGACCAUUGUGGAAGAAUCUGAAUUCGAAUGCCCUUCAUAUUUUAGUCUAGUUCCUUUGAUGCAAACAUUAGCUGUAUCAAGAGCACAUUUCCCUGGUGUUUAUAAUCAUCUUCACAGUAACAUGUAAAUUAUUGAGCUUUAUACAAAGUACAAAUCAAUCUUUUCUCAUGGUGAUCUGAAUAAUUUCUUAAAGCAUACACCUGGUUUAAAGGAAACAAUACUGCUUUAUGAUAAAUAUAUUUCACUCCCCUGAAGCUUUAGAUUGCAUUAUAGGAGGAAACUAAGAUAUUAAGACCCAAAUUGAAAAACUGGAUAUUAGAUGUGAUAGAUAUUAGAUAUAAGAACGGCACACAACGAAAACAUUUCAAAGUUUGCCAAAUUCUUCCAUAUGUAGAUCAGGCGUUAAUCUUUCCCAGAUUAUAGAGGCAGAGUAAAGUUUCCAAACUGCUGAUGGGCAUACAAAUCACAAUAACCACAGAUAUCUCACAAUUCCUCUGUCAGAAGUUCUUGGUUGUGGCAUUUGUUAACAUCCCAGGCUGAUUGCUUGUCUUGGGGGCUAAAUCUAAUUUCUCUGUAUCUCAUAGCUUCUGGGUGCACAUCAGUAAUCUUGAUUUUUCUUCAUAAAGGAAAAUGUGAUUUUUAAUUUUGCCAGAACCAAUGCAUGGUAUAUCAAAAUCGAGCCUUUUCUACAUCAAAGAAGCCACUCACAUCUGGCAUUGUCCACAGCUCACUUAACUGCCACAGUGUAAAGUUUGCAUUUGGUCUUAAAAUGCUGCAAUAUAUGAAGGGCUAUUUACGUUAUAUAUACAAAGAAGUACAUUAACAUAGAGAAAAAAUUUAGGUAGUAAAGUUUUCACUUAACAACUGGGUUGCUACAGGCUGCAAAGAAAACUUAAGUCUGUCGUGUUAAGCAAUGGCUAUACCUUGGUUUAACAUAUUUUAUUAAUUAAACUGCUGUCUUCAUGGAAAAACAAAUGCUUUCCCUCGAUUUCACUGCGACUUUUGAGCCAUGAAUGAAACAGAGGCUAGGAGAUGAAAGCUAAGGGCUAAUGCUAUUGUAUAUGAUUUGUACAAUUUCAAAUGUAUUAACUAUGCCUUCUGAAACCAAUAAGAGUGUAGCACUUUCAGCUCAUCAUCAUCUUUUCCAAACAAUUCAGCAGAUUUUCCCCAUAAAUAAACAGAGAAAAUGUGAAUAUUGUUUGCAAAUUCUGUCUGGUCCUGGUUAUGGGAUAGAAUUAGUCUAUAUAUUUGGUUUAAUCUGAGAACUGCAGCAGUGAGUAAGAGGUGCCCAUUAAAAGUGCAGAAAUACACACUUUUCUGCAAAUACAAAUGAAUUAUUGGUUAUUAAUAUUACCUAACUCCAUCCAGGGUGUAUCCUGCCUUGAUGCCCGAUGACUCCUGAGAUAGGCGCAGGCUCCCCGUGACCCGAGGUAGUUCAGAUAAGCUGUAGAAAAUGGAAUGGAAUGGAUAAUUACCUAAUAUUUAAAGAAUGAAACCGUAACAUGAACACUGUGAUCUAAAAUGUGAAACCCACUUUCUCCCCAAAUUGUAAUUAAAUUUAGUGUUAUAUUAAUCAAAAGUCCUUCUUUUGACUUAGCACUUUUUUCUGCAUUUUUAUGACUUUUUGGUGGCAAUCAAUUUCAGUGAACUUAUCAUACGCAUUGUUAUUGUAUCUCUGAAAGUAUGAGUAAUUUCUAAAACAGUAUGGAAUGUUUGCUUUUAGUGUUGUGUUUACUUCUAGAUCAAUUUUAACUUAUCUAAAACAGUCUGCAUUUCUUCAAAACUUUGCUGCAUUUUUCCAGUGUUUCAAAGCACAACAUAUUUACAUAUUGUUUAAAUUAUGUUUUUUGCUGUUGUUGGUAGUUUUUGGUUAAGAGUGAUUUGAAUUGCUGUGAUUUGAGUCAUCCAAGCAGAUUUGAUUAUUUAUUUUCAUUUCUAUUUGAAAAAUUGUUUUUAAUAAAUGUUAAUUUUUUUACUUGUUCAUAUUCUUUUUUUUGGGCAACUAAACAACAAUCAUAAACUAGUUUAAUAGCAUUAACACCAGCAGCUUAGGAAACACGCCUUCCAAAUUAUGCACUAAACUAAACAGCACCUUUUUUCCAGAUGUCUGGUAAAUGCAUAUAUUAUCAAUUGUGUUCCUUUUUCUGCUUGUAUUUGGAGUUUACCAGCAUCAAUUAGUUAACUGUGAGAAGAUUCAGAAGAUUUUGCUUUUUUAAUUGGUGGUGAGAUCAUUUUCAAACGAAUUAGGCUACAGACUGCAGUCAGAAGUCUUCUGACAGUCAGUCUGUAAUUACAUUCUGUGCGUGUGAGUGUAUUCACGUGUCCAUGACUUUGUAGCCGCAACCCAGGCAUCUGCAAUGCAGCAGAAAAGACAAAAACUCAACCCUCCUCCCUUAUUUCUACAAAUGUCUCGUCCCCCAUGAUACUCUUUUCCCUCACAAAACCUCUGUGCAAAUGUACCACUGUUCCUUUCAGCUGAAUGUCUUGCCUCUGUGUGUAUGUGACAGAGAGAGAGAGCCCUACUGCAUUUUAAAAGCACGAAGUCUCACCACAUCUGCAUUGCAUACACAGCAGUUGGGUAUUAGUCGCACAGCAGAUGUGUGCAGCCAGGGUGACCUUUAAAAGCUGAGUUUCCCAGCCUUUGGAUAAUCACUUUAUUCCCUCAACAUCUAUCGAAGUAACCUUUAGUGUAGAGUUUCAAGUUAAACUGGCAUCAUUGUGGCUGUGUAGAGAUGUAUCAGGCAGAUCAUGUUUGGUUACUUGUGUAGAAUAUCUGUCAAUUUAGUGGAUUCAUUUGGUUGGUGUGGAAUUAAAUCAAUUAACCAUAUUCUUGAAUUGGCAACAUAGAAAUUAAACCAGUAACUUCUUGUUUUAUGUCAUCAGAUGUCUUUGCAACCGUGAACCAAUGUAACUGUGUUUACUUUCUAGACUGUGGAUUUAAUUUUGGUGUCCCAAAUAUAGUCAUUUGUCCAUUAUCAAUGUUCUGUCCAUUGUUAUUUUUAAUUUCUUUGUUGUAGUUAUUGUGUAUCAGUGAAACUGUGGAUUUGAGCCUGUAUUCAAUAACAAUUUAACCCAUUUUGGAAGAUCAAAAAGACAAUUAGUGAGAAAGGGCAAACAGGCCAGAAAUCAUCCCCUGUGUUGUGAACACUGAUCCCUGCUCUGCGAGAAGACGACGCUCAUGAUCUUUAAUCCAUAAUGGACAUCAGUUGGGAUGUACAACAGCAAAACGCACUGCUGGUUGUCACAGUCACAUAAACUGUACACACAGGUUGUGUACAUGCAGUACUAAAAUGCUCACAUCUCAUAUUGGGUGGGCUACCUGCUUAUGAACAUUGAGAGUUUGCUUUAUAUCCCAUAUUUUUUGUAUAUUCUGCAUGAAGGAUCCAAGUUAUUGUAAUGAAGUCUUCCCAAAACAAAGGAAAAAUAAACCAUAUUACGUUUUCUUGUCUUCCAGACCAGACAAAGCAAUGGUCUUUCAGUCAAAGCCACGAUGACACUAUUUUUUAUUUUUAUAGUCGCAAAAGCUUAUAGCAACAUUGGACUCAAUCAUUCCAACUGGCUUUCCAAUUUUACAAAUAGAAUAAUGUGGCAGUGGUAAACAUGUGGUGUUUUGGAAUAUUGCGAGGAAAAACACAAUACAGUCAUGCAUGAAUCAAUAUUUACAGGACACAUUAAAAAUGUAAAAUAUGAGGACGAGGAUUAUUCCUGUUUUUAAUAACUGUUUUAUUAAGUAUUUAUUAACUCACUGUUACUGUUAAUGCUCUAUUCUGCAUACACUCUCAGCCCUGCAUUUGCAAUAGAAUAUAUAUCUAUUUCUAUAAGUCUAUGG